AUGGCCAGGAGAAGGAACUACAACAAGAAGAAGACGUUCGGUGCCCGCGACGACACCAAUGCUCGCAAGGGCUGGAACGAGCUAGUCAGAGAGAACGCCAAGUGGGAGAGCUACUACAAGCUUUUGCAAUUGUUCCCAGCUGAACAGUGGGACGAGUUCAAGACCACCUGCCAGUCGCCUUUGCCGCUAACUUUCAGAGUCACUGGCUCCAGAAAGCACGCUGACGAAGUGCUGAGCUUGUUCAAGACUAGACACCUGCCAAACUUGACCGAUGUUGAGUUCGAAGGCAACAAGAUCCAGGCCCCAAAGUCCCUUCCAUGGUAUCCUAACGAGUACGCCUGGCAACUAGACGUCCCAAAGACGGUUAUCAGAAAGAAUGAACAGUUUGCAAAGACCCAGAGGUUCCUAGUGGUCGAGAACGCUGUCGGUAACAUCUCAAGACAGGAAGCUGUCUCGAUGAUUCCUCCAAUCGUGUUAGAGGUCGAACCACACCAUACUGUGCUGGAUAUGUGUGCUGCUCCAGGUUCUAAGACCACGCAAAUGAUUGAAGCAUUGCACAAGGACACCGACGAGCCAACUGGUUUCGUGGUCGCCAACGAUGCUGACUCUCGUAGAUCUCACAUGUUGGUCCACCAAUUGAAGAGACUGAACAGUGCUAACCUUAUGGUUGUGAACCAUGAUGCUCAAUUCUUCCCACGUAUCAUAUUGUCUGAUGAACCAUCCAAGAAGAAGGCCCAAUUGAAGUUCGACAGAAUCCUUUGUGAUGUCCCAUGUUCUGGUGACGGUACUAUGAGAAAAAAUGUCAAUGUCUGGAAGGACUGGAAUACUCAAGGUGCUUUAGGCCUACACACUGUUCAAUUGAACAUUCUAGACAGAGGUUUGCACUUGCUGCAAAAUAACGGUAGAUUAGUCUACUCCACAUGUUCAAUGAACCCAAUUGAAAAUGAAGCUGUUGUCGCUGAGGCUCUAAGAAGAUGGGGUGACAAAGUCAGACUAGUUGACUGUAGCGAAAAGUUGCCAGGCCUUAUCAGAUCUCAAGGUAUCACUCAAUGGCCAGUUAUCGACAGAAACAUGGAAGAGAGAAAGAAGGAAGACGAAGGCAUGAUCAACAGUUGGUUCCCACCUUCUGAAGAGGAAGUAUCCAAGUUCCACCUAGAGAGAUGUAUGAGAGUUUAUCCUCACCAACAAAACACCGGUGGUUUCUUUAUCACAGUCUUUGAAAAGGUUGUUGAGGAAGAAGAAGAAGUUGAAGAGCCACAACAAAAGAAGGUCAAGCUUGAUACUCAAGCUCCAGUCAAGAAAGAGAAGCUACCAAGAGAUGCAAAUGAAGAGCCAUUUGUUUUCAUUGACCCUAACCAUGCUGCCCUACAGACUUGCUGGAAGUUCUAUGGUAUUGAUGAUAAGUUUGACAAAACUGCAUGCUUAGUUAGAAAUGCCACUGGUGAACCAACCAGAGUUGUUUACACCGUUUGCUCAGCUCUAAAGAACAUUAUUCAAAGGAACGAGGACAGACUGAAGAUUAUUUACUCUGGUGUGAAACUGUUUGUAUCUCAGAGAAGUGAUAUAGAGUGCUCUUGGAGAAUUCAAAGUGAGUCUCUACCAAUUGUCAAGCACCACAUGCAAUCAGACAGAAUUGUUAAGGUAAAACCUGAGCUUUUGAAGUUAUUGUUAGUAGACUCUUUCCCAUCUUUUGAAAUGAUUCAAAAUGAACAUAUUGAUGACGAUUUUGUCGAGAAGAUGAAGGAGAUCAGCUCCGGUUGUGCCUUUAUCGAAGUUAUCAGAGAUGAUGAAAACAAGGAAAACCUAUUCUUGCCACUAUGGAAGGGUAACAGAAACGUCAACUUGAUGGUCUGUAAGGAGGACACGCACGAACUUCUAUAUAGAGUCUUCGGUAUUGAAACUACUGCAAAGGAUAAUCCAAAGGCUCAAGCCCAAAAGAAUGCUGCUGAAAAGAAGUCUGAACAGGAUUCAGAAAAAGAAUCAGAGAAGGAAUCCACUGAACCAGCUGUUGAAGCUUAA